CCCAGGGCACGCUCUGAAACCAGAGCCCCCGGCCGAAUCGGCUCCUUCCUCAGCCGGAGGAAGCUCGCAGGGCUUGGCGUUGGCAGAGCACGGAUGGUGACCGAGCGGGGCAGCUCAGCGUGGCAGCAGCUCGGCGGUGGCCCUGCCGCGAUGGGUACCGUGGACCUGAAGGAAGGUCCCAGCACCGUGGCGAUCAACAUGAUGCUUAUCGUCCGCCCCGAGCAGAAAGGGCAGAGGGACAGACAGGCAGACAGCGCAGGUUUGCAGGAUGACGGAAAUGGAAACAACAGACCACAACCGUCACAGGGGAGAGACCUUAGUGGCCAGCAAGCCUCCGAGGAGCCCUACAAGCAGAGGCAAACCAUUACUUCGUACACAAAUGAAGGAACCCAGGUGACAGUGGAGGUCCAUCCCAGGAACACCACUCCGCAGCUCUUCAAGAAGCUCUCCUUCAGGAAAGGUUCCCAGAGGCAGCCCAGCCUGAGAGGCCAGGACAACAAAGUUUUCGAAAGGACCGAAGCCCCACAGCCACCAAGUGGGAAAGACCUGCAUGCGUAUCCAUGGGACAAAUCCUCUUUGAAAUCCAUGCCAGUAGAUCUUCAGCAAUUAGAGAAGCUGGAUGCCUACGCAUUAAAAGUGAACGUCAAGAGCAGCAUAGAGGAGCUUGUUCAAGCCCUGCUUAAACAAGCCCGGACCGACCUGGAGAAAGUCCGCGCCAUAUGGACGUGGAUAUGCCAUCACAUAGAGUACGACGUAGUGGGCUUCCAUAACAAAAGCCAGCGGUUGUGCAGUCCCAUAGAUGUACUGCGGACGGGGAAGAGUGUUUGUGAGGGAUACGCUGCGCUCUUUCAGCAAAUGUGCAGCAUUGCAGGAAUCCAGUGCAUGAAACUAUCGGGAUACUCUAAGGGGUAUGGGUACAAGAUUGGGCAGGUCUUCAAGGGGGACUCCAACCAUGCCUGGAACGCCGUCUACCUGGAAGGAAGGUGGCACUUACUGGAUAGCACCUGGGGAAGCGGUAUUGUUAACAAGACUUCAGACAAGUUCACCUUCAGAUACAACGAGUUUUAUUUUCUGACUCACCCAGCUCUGUUCAUUAACGAUCACUUCCCAAAUAACAGUAAUUGGCAGCUUCUCAAACCAACUCUGACGCUGAAGGAAUUUGAGAAUACCGUGCACUGCAGCAGUGACUUCUACAAGCUGGGCCUGCUGACCGUGCACCCAGAUACAGCUGUCAUCCGAACAGUCAAUGGAACAGCCACCAUAUCAGUGGAUUGCCGCUCUUCCACGUUAUUUACAUUUUCACUGAAGGGAAGAGAAAAACAUGGCUUACUGUCUUUGAGGAAACACGGAAUGAAGCUGGAGAUCUACCCACAGAGUACAGGGCGCCAGGAACUGGAGAUCUUUGCCAAACCCUCCAACUCCCCAGAAAAGGUCUACAACCAGGUGUUGCAGUAUGUUGUCGAGUGCACGUCUGUGGACAAGAGCAUUCACUUCCCAAAGGACCUAGACCAGCCCGUUGGACCAAGCUGGUUCUCAGAGCACCAGGGGUUCCUGAGGCCGUCACAGCCCGACCCAGUCAUCCACACCAACGACGGACGGUGCUCUUUCACCUUCACCCUGGGAAAGGACAUAAGCAUCUUACCCACGCUGCACUCUGAUAACAGCGGCCUGACAGAGGAUAGGAGAAGGCAGCACAUCAUGCAAAUCCAUCGUGGCAACCAAGUUGAGUUUAUGGUCCAUCUCCCCCAUGCAGGGAACUUUGUUCUGAAAUUCUUUGCCAAGAAGAAGUCAGAUCCUGGCAAUUAUACCUACGUCUUCAACUACCUCAUCACUUGCCUGAACACCGAAGUGAAGUGGCCGGCUUUCCCUCAGACCUACAGCAACUGGGCGAAUGACUACGAAAUACUGGAGCCACUCUCCGGGCUGCUUCCAGCCAAUCGCAACGUGCAGUUUAAACUCAAAAUGCACGGGAUAUCAAAGGUGCUAGUUCAGGCCAAGGACACUCACACGCUGACCCUGAGCAGAGGCGGCUUCUGGGAGGGAACCUGCAACACCGCGGGAUGCACAGAGUUGUUCGUUAUGGUGCAUGAGAACGCCAACCACAACUUCUACUCCCACGUCCUCAAGUACGAGGUUGAGGCCCCGUAACAGCCCUUCCUUCACUCCAGCUCUCCUGCAUGAACCAACAUGCCUGAAAACAAUACAGCUGUAAGAGAUCAUUAGUUCUCUCAAUCACGUUCAUUCAUUUGACAAAUGCAGAGCAACACCUGCAUGCUUUUGCAAGAUCAAGGGCUCAAAGGGGUUCAAGGAGGCAGAAAAUCCUUUUAUGAAGAGAGCAGCAAUGGAAGGAAUUAGAUAAAACUCUGACCUAUGUUUCUGUAACAUCAUCCAGACUGACGUUUUGACAGAAACGACUGGCUAUCACGACACAGAUCGUGGCACGUCAGCAGUGAUGGCUAGUUUCUAAAUUAUGGACCAUAGGAGAAGUUUUAUCAUGGCUACUUAAGAGAAGAAUCCACCUAGUUUUGGGGCAGGAUGAAGGAAUUACGCUCUGUUUUUCAGCAGCAAUAUAGGACAUGAGGAAUUUCACGAUAUUUAAAGCAGGCUUCUGUACAACUUUAGUUGCAAAAUACAUCCCAAGAGAGAGAGAACUGUUAAGAAGGAGAUACAAAGUGAAGUUUUCUUGUGCACUUCAUUGUCUUACAAAUUUAACUGAUACUGCGAAAUGACUUCUUACACUGAAUCUUAAAUUCAACAAAAUGAUUUUUACCUUUUUAUAUUAGAGCAUUUGAAUUGUAAGCACUUUUUCUGUAAUAUUAGCACUGUAAUCGUAGCUCAAGCAUAGCGGUGUUUCUGUAAUUAAAACUACAGUGAAAGGAGAAUAAAGUUUUCAAAAAU